GCUGCUAAGUCUCACAAAAAGGCAGUGGUGAAUUGUCACACUGCUAAGACCAGGUUCAUAGAAGAGUCUUUGAGCGUACUCUUUGUUAUAACCCUUCAUAAAAUUUUUAAAACAUCUUUCUCCUCAGCAUGUCACUUCUUUCUUUUUUAAGCUUUUUGCUUGUUUUGCCACCACAGCCUCUGUUUACCCAGUCUUUUUUAUACCAUUAGUGCUUGAUCUAGUGACUGCUUUUCUUGAGGGAUCUUGUGGUAUUAAUGUUGGUAGAACUGAGUCUCAGAGUUCCCCCCAAAUGAUUAAUAUACCGUCUAACGUAAAUCUGUGAUGUGGCAUGUAUGUUGCGGGGGUUUUUUUGUUAGUAUUAGAACAAGCAGUUGAGGUUCUGGCAUUAGCUUUGCAAAAAGGAAAAAAAAAAAAGAAAAUAAGUCUUAUCUGUAAUUGGUAUUUCCUAAUACAAUAGCUGCUUUCCUUGUUGCUGAAUUAAGAGUUUUCUCUGGCUACUAUUUUUGACAGUGAAAAGGAAGAACUGAGGAGAAAAACCAUGAAGGUAUUGGUUAUUGGCCUUGGAGGUGUAACAAAUGGGGGAAAAACAACACUGGCAAAAAAGCUUAAGAAAAUGCUUCCCAACUGUGAUAUAAUCUCUCAAGAUGACUUCUUCAAGCCAGAGUCUGAAGUAGAAACAGAUGAACGUGGAUUUAAGCUAUAUGAUGUACUAGAUGCCCUUUAUAUGGAUGAAAUGGUGAGAAGUAUUCGCAGUUGGAUGAAAAGCCCAGCAAGCUCAGGUGUUGUGACAGAAGAGCCACAACAUACGUGUGACAAUCUGAAAAAUAUAGAUGUUGUUUAUAUUUUGAUUGUUGAAGGCUUUCUGCUAUACAAUUAUGAGCCGCUUAAUGGACUAUGGAAUAGAAGAUAUUUUUUGACCCUUCCUUAUGAAGAAUGCAAAAGGAGAAGGAGCACCAGAGUCUAUCAGCCAGCAGAUACACCGGGUUACUUCGAUGGACACGUGUGGCCUAUGUAUCUGAAAUAUAAAAGUGAAUUGGAAGAGAAUGCAAGUAACAUUGUUUAUUUGGAUGGAACAAAAUCCCGAGAGGAGCUUUUAUCCAGUGUGUAUAGUGAUAUAAUACAGGAAUUAAAAAAGAUGAGGGAAGGAAGUCAGCAGGUCACAGCAUGAUAAUGCAGAAAGCUUGGGUUCCAUUUGAUACGAAUUGAAGGCCCCAACACUGUCAUACUUGGCAAGCCAACCAACUGAGCAGAUUUUAUAUGUACAUUCAUAACAGUCGUUCAGACAAUACAAGUGGAUUUGUAGUGACUACUAAGUCUGUAAGCCUCAGAACAAAUAUGCAUGAGCGAGUGAACAGAACAGAGAGGCAGUUUAAAUCUCUCCCAGCUACCCAGCAGAGUCUCCUUCCUCAAUACCUUCCUCAUCUUGACAAGAUUCGGAAGUGCAUUGAUCAUAAUCAAGAGAUACUACAGACCAUUGUGAAAGACUGCACUCAUAUGUUUGAAAAUAAAGAAUAUGGAGAAGACGGAAGAGGGAAGAUUACACCAGCUUCAACAUUUGACAUGGAUAAAUUAAAAUCCACUUUGAAACAAUUUGUGAGAGACUGGAGUGAAGAGGGAAAGCCUGAGAGAGAGUCCUGCUACCAGCCAAUCAUUAGCGAAAUCAUAAAGAACUUUCCAAAAGAAAGAUGGGAUUUCUCCAAAGUUAAUAUCCUGGUACCUGGUGCUGGGCUAGGUAGAUUGGCGUGGGAAAUAGCUAAGCUCGGUUAUGCUUGCCAAGGAAAUGAGUGGAGCCUCUUUAUGCUCUUUUCUUCUAACUUUGUACUCAACAGAUGUUCUGAAAUUAACUCAUGUAAGCUUUAUCCCUGGAUUCAUCAGUUUAGCAAUAACAGAAGAUCUGCUGAUCAGAUACGUCCAAUUUAUUUCCCUGACGUUGAUCCUCACAGUCUUCCUCCUGGUUCAAACUUCUCUAUGACAGCAGGGGAUUUUCAAGAAAUUUAUUCUGAGUGCAAUUCGUGGGACUGCAUUGCGACUUGCUUUUUCAUAGAUACAGCACAUAAUGUUAUUGAUUACAUUGAUACUAUAUGGAAAAUACUGAAGCCUGGUGGAAUAUGGAUAAAUGUAGGUCCUCUCCUUUACCACUUUGAAAACUUGGGAAAUGAACUUUCUAUAGAGUUAACUUAUGAGGAUAUAAGAACUGUUAUACUAAAAUAUGGAUUCCACAUAGAGGUGGAGGAAGAAUCUGUACUGUCGACUUACACUGUGAAUGAACUCUCCAUGAUGAAAUACUACUACGAAUGUGUGUUGUUUGUGGUGAGAAAACCAGAAUAGAAGUGGUCUGAAUAGUUUAAUAGGAAAAAAAAAUGUUGUCUUGAAAGCUAGAAGUGAGAAUCAAAUGGACUGGGUGAUGUCUGGACACAACCUCAAUUCAAGUGGUGCCUUCUUAUUCCUAAGAGGAUUUAGAUAGUGUCUAUUUUCUUAAUAUCUCUGUUGCUAUCCAGACAUGUACUAUGCCAUGCAUAUUUGUAAUAUACUUGUGAAAAUGGAGGAGGAAAUGUUCACAAGACACUGUCUCUGCUUUGGAACGCAUUCAAAAUAGAAGCAAAGUUUUAUUGAGAAUAAAAUUUAAUGUUUGCCAUAAAUAGGCUAUGUCUUUGCAUAUGCUGCAUCAUUUUCUGUAGAUUGAUGAUUUUAUUUUUUCUACUUCCUAAUGUUAGGAAUGCUUAGAUAUGCUUACUAUACUCGUUGUGGCAUAUUUAGAGAAGUUAUUUCUAAGCAUAUACUUAUAUUAUGAAGUCCGAAAUGGUUGGAAAGUGAUAAAAUGAUUCAUAGUGGAUAAAAUAGCCAUUAGAACUAUUAGACCAUUUUCUGUGGAACUCGGAAUGAAGUAGAUUAUUAUACAAAUUCCAGUCUUUGUACCACUGUUAUCAAUAUAAUCAAAACACAGAACCCAUAGACUUUGAAAUUUUUGAAAUGCUAUGUGAAAGCAGAGUACUAUGUGACGAAAAAGCAGCAUGUCACAGAGAAGUAGUAUGUUAACCUCAGUUCAGGAAUAACACCAAUUUUGAUUAAUUUCCUAGUGUUGAAACUGAAAUAUAUUAGAUGCUUUGCCAUCUUAAAAUACAUUGAUUUUGAGUCACCUAGUUAAUGCUUAAGCCAAAAUAGUGGAGCAGUAUUUUUUUUUUUUAACAUAAUUAACAGAGAGUCAUGUUAUACUUUGAGUUCUUUUUUUUAAAGUUGAUCAUAUAGCAAAUUUAUCCAUGCUGUAUGUAGGUAGUGCAACAGAAAAAUCCCUCGGGGGGGGGGGGGAAGGGGGGAAGUUACAUGUAAGUAAUAUGUGCUGUAACCUGACCACCUUUACGCGAGUCAGCGUAUGCAGACCAAUUGGUAAAUAGCUUGUUUGUACCUUCGGGCACUUUACCCUUGUGACUUAGAGACUUCUUGUUGCUAAUGUUUUUUUUUCCCUGGCAGAUGUGGCUUAGGUGAAUAUUUAAUCUACACAUCAUGAUACUAUACGAGAGGCUGAAUCUUCGGUCACUUAAAAGUUAUGUACAUGAGAAAAUGUUAAUUAAUAACCACUGUGCUGACAACAGGUACCCUGUUAGCCAUUUCAUUUGCUUAAUAUAUUGGUUACCACAAGUACCAUUUUUCAACCAUUUGAAAAAUUUCUGAAAUAUAAAAACAUUAUGGUAAAGAAUCAAGUGCUUUUUGUAUUUGGUCAUAAUGGCAGUGGACAACAGCUUGCUUGUUUUCCAUUGUUUCUAGUUGGUUUUGGGGUUGGUUUUUUUUUUUUUCAUUGAGAUGUUCUAAUUACAUCUCUUUAAUAAAUCUGUUACUGGCUUUUGAAUUUUUCCCAUUAUGGCAAGAAAUAUGUGCCUUAGUUCCUAAAUUGAAAGUCUGCAAGGAGGAAAAAGACAAACUUUUUUUUGUAAUAGUUUCAAUGCUGCAUAAGAGAGCAACGUGCCUGGAUAUGCAUCAGGACUGUGCCCCUCUGUGCUCAGAAUCCUUACUGCUAAUAAAGGCUUCUGGUCUACAGCAGUCUUCAAUUAGAGCUUUGUUUAAACUAGUCUUAUUUGAACUCCCUCUGCCUAAAAGUGCACCACCGAUAUUUAGCGCCAAAAAUGAGCAGUCAGAGUUCUGCCUUGCUCCAGGACAAAUGUGGUUAAAGCUGAAACAUUGCCAUUGCCAUAAAGUAGAUGAAAAAUAAAAGCCCUUGCACACAUAAUAAUACAAAGUUGCUUUAAUUUCCUUACUUUAUUUUUGAGGGACUUUAAGCUUCUUUGCUUGCUUUGUGGGGUUUUUUUUUUCCCUUAGAUUAUGAUUAGUAUUUUGCCUGUUCUUCAAGCUCCUUGAAAUAAGAGGUUAGAUGAAUGUUGAUAAUGCUGUUGCUGAGUAGUAUAUGUAUCUGUAAUGUUGCCCAGUUUCUGCCUCCUACCAAGUCUGUAGUUACACUUGAAGUGCUGUAUUCUUGUUUAUCACAAACAGGCAAUGAGCUCUUGCUUCCUGGUAGACUGUGGCUAUCUUUUGUUCUGGUGGUUUUGUUCUUUGCCACCCCACAUUGUCACAAGUGCCAUUUUAUGUGCUGCUUCUAGAAAAUGUUUUUAUUUCCUUACAUCAGGUAUACAGUGGUGUGCUUUUAUUUAUCGUCUAGAAAAUGCUGUUUCCCCAAUGUUCUCAAUUGUAACCGUUGCAUUAGGAGGUGGAAGCAGAAUAAUGAUGUGAAUAAGCUGUAUGAGUUGGCUGUGUUUUAGCUGCGCUCCUAUCAGCGUUCUUAAAAUUCAUAACUUGUCUUUUAUUCACGGGGAUAAUUGUGUAUUACUGAAUGUGAUCACAUUCUUCUGUUCAAUUGUAUACACGGGGAUAGGGGGGAAUGCUUGAGGCGCCCAUCAGCCGGAGCCAAGACCAUUUAAUUUAGGUCACUAUUAAACUGUAUGUGGUAUCUGGUGUAAAAUAAAAUGCUGCAUAAUCUUCAGUGUAAUAACACUCCUCAUACGGAGUUUGACAGCUGUAACGUGUCCUGUAGUUCUAUUUAUGUGUAGUGCGCUCUGGGAUGGGUUAUGACGGAGGGGAGGUUUCACGCGCUGCGUGCGCUUCCCGCUGUUCUCAGUGUGUGACCGGCUUUUUCUUGGACAUUAAAGCUUGCAGUAGACUUGA